AUGAAGAUAUCAUUUUUACUUCUAUUUAUUGUAAUCAAUUCGAGUGAACAAUGGUUAUCAAUCGUUCAAGUACCGGAUAUAUCAUUUGCUACGCAAAGUCUUUGCCAUGCAAAGUAUGGUCUUAGCUAUAGGCAAAUUCGUUUUUGCCAAAGAAAUGAAGCUCUCAUGCCAUUUAUUCGUUUUGGUACAAAUUUAGCAUUAGAAGAAUGUAAAAUACAAUUUAAAAAUCGACACUGGAAUUGUACUCUAUUUAAAGACAAUCAAUUAAUUGGAAAUAUUCUUGAUUCAGGAACAAAAGAAUCGGCCUAUAUUCAUGCAUUAACAUCGGCUGGUAUUGCUUAUGCUAUAACAAAAGCAUGUAGUACAGGACGACUUAGCUCAUGUGGAUGUGAUAUGUCACUGAAUGAUAGAAAUUCAAAUAGUUCUAUUCGAUGGACUGGCUGUUCUGAUAAUGUUUUAUUUAGUUCACAAUUAGCAAAAAAAUUUGUUAAUCUUCGAGAACGUAUAACAAAUAAUCGAACAAGCCUCUUAAAUGUUCAUAAUAAUCAAGUUGGAAUUCGAACGCUUCUUGCUUCUGUCGAUCGUCAAUGUAAAUGUCACGGUGUAUCAGGUUCAUGUGAAUUUAAAAUAUGUUGGCGUUCAUUAAAUUCAUUUACACAAAUAGCUAAACAACUCAAAGAAUAUUACGACGAGUCCAUUGAAAUGCGUUUGCAACGAAGUUUAUUUGAUAAAAAAUUACGUUUUAUACCACGCAAUCUUCCAUUUCAUAUCGAUAAACAAACCAUAUCAACAGCAUUUAAAAAUGAUUUAGUUUAUUACAAAUCAAGUCCAAAUUAUUGUGAAACGAACCUAUCAUCAGGUUCAUUUGGCACCGCAGAACGUGUUUGUAAUCGAAAUUCACGUGCUAUCGACGGAUGUGAGUUACUUUGCUGUAAUCGUGGUUAUCAAUCUCAAAUAGUGACUGUACAUGAAAAAUGUAAUUGUCGUUUUCAAUGGUGUUGCUAUGUUCAAUGUCAAAAUUGUGUUACUACUCAAGAAAUAAGUCGUUGCUUGUAA